CGAAAACAAUAAUAUAUCUUCCGAAGAAAUAGGGUUUCCGCACAAUGAGUGUAAGAUAAGUGGCAGCAGAGGCAGAAGUCUGAUGAAAACAAUCAUUCCGACAAAACUCACCCAGCCGCAAACUCUGCCCCUUCUUUUCACAUCCCUCUUUCAGCAAUCCACAGGGGUGCGUAGGCUGCAGUCUGUGAACGCAUUCCGAACUAGGAGGGAUAUUGGUGGUGUGUGUGCGAGGAGGAUGGCUUGGAGUUCGGAGAAAUAUAAUGGGACCACUGUGGAGAAUCCUAAAUUGGGAUUGGUGCGGCCAGCGACGAAUGAGUACGCUGAAGAGGCGAUUGAAGCCGUGAGGGCUGGGCAAGUGAUAGCUGUGCCCACUGAUACGCUCUAUGGCUUUGCUUGUGACGCUUGCUCAAUAGAAGCAGUUCAUCGGAUAUAUGAGAUCAAAGGCCGUAAAUAUACUAGUCCUCUUGCAAUUUGUGUUGCGGAUGUUCAAGAUAUACAACGUUUUGCUACUACUGACAAUUUGCCUCAUGGGUUGCUUGAUUCUCUUCUCCCAGGACCAGUAACGGUGGUUCUAAAAAGAGGGGAGACAAGUAUCCUUGAGAAGUCCUUAAAUCCUGGAUUGGAUAGCAUAGGUGUACGAGUGCCUGACUGUAAUUUCAUUAGAGUAAUUGCCCGUGGUUCCAGAAGUGCCCUGGCCCUCACUAGUGCGAACCUUAGUGGGCAGCCUAGUAGUGUAGAUAUCAAAGAUUUUGAGAACCUCUGGGAGCACUGUGCAUACAUCUACAAUGGUGGUGUACUUCCAUCAGGGCGAGCAGGAUCAACGGUUGUGGAUCUCACUAAGCUAGGACAGUACAAGAUUCUAAGGCCUGGGAGUGCCAAAGACGAGACAGUGGCAAUUCUUGAGAGAUAUGCUCUAGUAGAAGAUAGCAGCGCCUCUUGACAAGAUUUCUGUUCCACUAAAUGUUUCUCUCAGCUUAUCAAGUUCUUCUGCA